GAUGAAGGUUCUGGCCCUCAUCCUCCUCUGCGUGCUCAUUGCAGAGAAUGAAGCCAAAAGAUUUGGGAAAUGUGAACUCGCCAAGUUACUAAAACAGUAUGGGAUGGAUGGACAUUAUGGCUACAGCCUGGGCAACUGGGUAUGCUUGGCUUAUUAUGAAAGUGGGUACAACAGCAGAGCUGUGGGGUGACCAAAUUCGGAUGGCAGCCGUGACUAUGGGAUUUUUCAAAUAAACAGCCGCUGGUGGUGCUCCAACGGAAAGGGCAAAACAUCUAAUGCCUGCAGAACCUCUUGCAGUGCUUUCACAAAUGAUGACAUCAGAGAUGAUAUUAGGUGUGCGAAAAGAAUAGUCCGUGACCCCAACAGGAUGGGUGCCUGGGUUGCUUGGAGGGUCCAUUGCAAAGGAAAAAAUCUCUCAAGAUGGAAUAGUGGUUGCAAACUCUGA